AUGUCCACCGAUUCUAUUGUUAAAGCUUCUAACUGGAGAUUAGUCGAAGUUGGUCGUGUCGUUUUAGUCAAGACUGGCCCAUCCGCUGGUAAACUAGCUGCCAUUGUCGAAAUUAUUAACCAAAAGAAGGUUUUAAUUGACGGUCCAGAAACUGGUGUCCCAAGACAAACUGUUAUCUUAGGUCACGUUGUUUUAACUCCAUUAACUUUUGCUUUAACCAGAGGUGCCAGAACCGCUACUGUUUCCAAGAAAUGGAGUAGUGCUGGUGUCACCGAAAAGUGGGCUACCUCCACUUGGGCUAAGAAGAUUGCUCAACGUGAAAGAAGAGCUGCUUUAUCUGACUUCGAAAGAUUCCAAGUUAUGGUUUUAAGAAAGCAAAAGAGAUUUGCUGUUAAGAAGGCUUUAGCCAAGGCUUAA